CAGUAACUAGAAUCAUAUAAAUAAAAGGAAUUGCAUACAUUGUACUCUCAGUUUCAACUUUUAAAGCAUAAUUGAUCAUCAAUGACCACUCAGGGCAUCCAUGGCAAUCUCCUUGAAGUCACCGUCGUUAGCUGCAGUAAACUGAAGGAUACGGAAUGGAUUUCAAGGCAAGAUCCUUACGUUUCUAUCGAAUAUGGGAGCAGUAAAUCCACGACUCGUACUUGUACAGAUGGAGGCAAGAAUCCAACAUUUCAAGAGAAGUUUGUAUUUACACUAAUUGAAGGAUUAAGAGAGCUGAAUGUUUCGGUUUGGAAUAGCAAUACGGUCACACACGAUGAUUUCAUCGGUAGCGGAAAGAUUCCAUUGACAAAAGCUCUUUCUCAGGGAUUUGAUGAUAGUAGCUGGCCGUUACAAAGUAAAACCGGCAGGCAUGCCGGAGAGGUCCGAAUAAUAUUGCAUUAUACUACUAGCGGAUAUAAACCACCAAAAGAUUCUACUCAGAAACCAUCAAAGGGUUUUGCACCAUCAGCACCGUCACAUGUAGCACCUCCGGCGGCCAUGUACGCUGCACCACCACCGGCUUAUCAUCCACCAGGUGGCGCUUAUCCUCCACCCGGUGGUGCUUAUCCUCCACCUGCUGAUGCUUAUCCUCCACCCUACCAACAUAAUCCAAGUGCUUAUCCACCGGCACCAUACCCACCACAGCCAGUUACUUAUCCUCCUCCGCCCUAUCCAGCUUAUGGAUCACAUUAUCCCCCAGGUUCUCCUUUUCCCGGAAUGUAUCCUCCGCCACCUUAUUGAUGCACAAGUGUCGAUGACAAACUCAUAUCUGGCAAUAAAUCAUCAUAUAAUGUUGGAGUCAUGUCGUAUUUUUUUUUAUAAAAAUAUAAAAUAAAAAAUAUGUUUGACAAAAUCAUGUGAUGUUUACAAUUAUAAAUGAAUCAUGUAAUUUUAAACAUUCGUCAAAUAUGUCUUUAUUUAUUGAUUGAUUUUUUGUA